AUGUUAUCCUCUUUUAUAUAUUUCUUAUAUUUGUAUUGGAUUGUAAUUUUAUGGUUAAGUGGAUUUGUAAUUAUUUUAUCUAGUUUUGCUUUUUCUACUGGUAUUGGAGAAUGGUCAGUAGGUAUAUUAUGUUGGUUUUUUAAGUGGGCUAGUAAAAUUCAUGAAAAUUUGGAAAAUAAUAUACUUGAGGAUGAAUUUAAUGAUCAAAAUCAUAAUUGUAUUGAUAAAAAUGGGUUUAAAAGAAAAUUAUCAAUGAAUAGUUUAAAAAUUAUAGAAAGAAAUGCAUUGGAAAAUUUAAAAUCCAAAUUGUUUGAAGAAAGUAGUGAGGGUGAAUGUACUAUAAAUGAAACUGGACAAAAAAUUAUCACUGAUUCCAUUGAUUUUAUAACGGCUGGUUUUGAAGUAAUAAUAGAUGAUGAAGUUACAUCUCGUUUUAAGGCAGAAACUUUAGUUUCAUGGAAUUUACUUUCAAGAACAAAAAAUAAAUACAUUUAUGUAAAUUGGAGGGUAACAUUAGUAUGGGUUUUAGGUUGGAUUACACGAUAUACUAUAUUACUUCAUAUACGUAUGACUAUUUUUUUAUUUGGUCUUUGCCUCCUGAUAAUUUCAACAGCUCUUAUUGGAUUUUUACCAAGUAAUUGGUUUAAACGAUGGUUAAAUGUGAAAGUUAUGUUAAUGUGUUUAAGAAUAUUUUCUCGUUCAUUUGGAUCUGUAAUACGUUUUCAUGAUCGUCAUAAUAAACCUAAAAGAUCUGGUAUUUGUGUAGCUAAUCAUACAUCACCUAUUGAUAUUAUGAUAUUAUCAUGUGAUAAUUGUUAUGCUAUGAUAGGCCAAAAACAUUAUGGAUUUUUAGGUUUUCUUCAAAAAACAUUAAGCCGUUCAACAGACCAUAUAUGGUUUGAGAGAAGUGAAUCAAAAGAUAGACUAGCUGUUAUUAAAAGAAUGCAAGAACAUGUAGAUGAUUAUAAUAAACUACCAAUAAUUAUAUUUCCAGAAGGUUCAUUUGAGAUUGCUUCAACAAUCUAUCCCAUAGCUAUGAAGUAUGAUGCUCAUUUAGGUGAUGCAUUCUGGAAUAGUUCUAAUGAAGGAUGGAUUAAAUAUUUAUGGAUGAUGAUGACGUCAUGGACAAUAAUAUGUGAUGUUUGGUAUUUACCACCAAUGAUUAAAGGAGAAAAUGAAUCUGCAGUUAAUUUUGCAAAAAGAGUUAAAAAAAUAAUUGCUAAUAAAGGUGGUCUCGUUGAUUUAGAAUGGGAUGGUCAAUUAAAAAGAUCUAAAGUUUCAGAGAAAUUAAUUAAUGAACAUCAAAAAAUUUAUUUUGAUCAUUUGAAACGUAAAGGUUCUUUUACCUGUUUUAGUACAUAA